CCCAGAUUUGGGGAGCAGGUGCCCAGAUGUGGCUGCAGGUGCCCAGGUAUGUGGCUGCCGGUGCCCAGGUGUGGAGGACAGGUGCUCAAAUUUGGCAUACAGGCGCCCAGAUGUGGCUGCAGGUGUCCAGGUGUGUGGUGCAGGUGCCCAGAUUUGGUGUACAGGUGCCCAAAUGUGGGGUGCAGGUGCCCAGAUUUGGGGUGCAGGUGUCCAGGUGUGGCUGCAGGUGCCCAGAUUUGGGGUGCAGGUGCCCAGGUGUGGCUGCAGGUGCCCAGAUUUGGGGUGCAGGUGCCCAGGUGUGGCUGCAGGUGUCCAGGUGUGUGGUACAGGUGCCCAAAUUUGGGGUGCAGGUGCCCAGGUGUGGCUGCAGGUGCUCAGGUGUGGAGAACAGGUGCCCAGAUUUGGUGUGUGCAGGUGCCCAGGUGUGGCUGCAGGUGUUCAGGUGUUGGGUACAGGUGCCCAGAUUCGGUGUACAGGUGCCCAAGUGUGGCAUACAGGUGCCCAGAUUCGGGGUACAGGUUCGCAGGUGUGGGUACAGGUGCCCAGGUGUGGCUGCAGGUGCCCAGAUUUGGGGUGCAGGUGCCCAGAUUUGGGGUGCAGGUGCCCAGGUGUGGCUGCAGGUGCCCAGAUUUGGGGUGCAGGUGCCCAGGUGUGGCUGCAGGUGCCCAGGUGUGGCUGCAGGUGCCCAGGUGUGUGGUACAGGUGCCCAGGUGUGGCUGCAGAUGCUCAGGUGUGGUACAGGUGCCCAGAUUUGGGGUGCAGGUGCCCAGGUGUGGCUGCAGGUGCCCAGAUUUGGGGUGCAGGUGCCCAGGUGUGGCUGCAGGUGCCCAGGUGUGGCUGCAGCUGUCGGCUGCAGGGGGUUGGUUGCAGGUGCCACCUGGGGAGCUCCGGGCUGGUGCCAGCAGCCGCCCCGGGGUGCCCCCGCACAGGGUGACACCUGUGACCCAGGUGGUCACCGGGGCAGGUGACAG